AUGGCCGACUCAGAGGUUGAAGAAAUGUUAUUGGAACUGGAGUCGGAAAUACUUGCAUUAAAGCUGGAUGACAUUGUGAAGUUAGCACAAAAUAUAAAGCUAGACGAAUCUAGUGUUCAAGGUAAGAGUAGAUUUACGAUUCUAAAGGUUAUACGGGAAGCUAUAGAAGAAACAGUUGGAACGCUAACUGAGAAAACAGAAUGUGUGACAUAUAUAGAAAGUAUUAAAGUAUUUCUUGGUCCACCACCGCUCGAAGAGCCGGAUGAUCAAGAGGAGGGCCCCCGGAAAGAAGUAGAAGUUUCAGAAGUGGGACCCCAGGAAAAAUCAGAAGUUGUAGAAUUGGAAGAGAAGAUACAAGAAUUGUUGAGUAAACAAAAAGAAAUCAAACUAAAGGCUCAAGAGAAAAAGGGAACAGGUGUUAGUAAGAAGAGUCCUGUUCAACCAGAAAAUGUUAUAAAAGUACCAUUGGCAAAUCUUGAAAAGAGUCUGCUACCCCGAGAUUUUAAGAUACAAGGUGUAGUCGGGGAACCCGGACAGAAAGAUAAGUUGGGGUAUCAAUCAUUAGUUUCCCAAAUUGAAGCCGGUGUUAGAAAACAAUACUCUGAACUAGAAAUUGUUAAUGCAGUAGUUCGAGCAGUCCAACCAGGACUUCAGUUAAGAAGUUAUUUGGAAAGUGUUACAGACCUAACCUUGCCCAGGCUAAGGAAAAUUAUUCGGUUCCAUUAUCAUGAGAAGAGUGCAACUGAACUCUAUCAAAUGUUAGCCAACAUUACUCAACAACCAAAAGAGGAUCCACAAUCUUUCCUCAUUCGAACUCUGACCAUUCGCCAAAAGAUCAUUUUUGCCUCAAAAGAGUCUGGAAAUAAUAUAACCUAUGAUCAGAGCUCAGUGCAAGGAUUAUUUCUGCAUGCCCUUGAGACAGGGCUUAUUGAUGAGACAAUCCGAGCAAAGAUGAGACCAACCCUCCAGAAUCCUCUGGUCACCGAUGAAGAUUUGAUUGAAGCCAUGAACAUGGCUAUGUCCGCAGAAACCGAGAGAGUAAACAAAUUCAGUUUUUCGGGCAGAAAGUCAGCAAGCAUAUCAACAGUGGAGAUGACAUCUGAAAAAAACAAGGAAAAGAGAGAGGAGGGAAGA